AUGCUUGCACGUUCUCCGUUCGUCAACGACCUUGUCCCUCUCAUCCUCGACGCCAAUAACGACUGGUGGCCACGCGAUUUUGUCGCACUCUCUCUAGUCUCUUCAGCAUGGCUUUAUCACGCCCGCAAGAGGCUCUACCCCUGUCCUACAGUACAUACCUUCAGGGCAGCCAUAUUAUUGGCAGAUACUUUGUCCGAAACCCCUUAUCUCGCGUCAUUAGUGGAGGGUAUUUCUCUCCAACCUCUUGUGACAGAUUCACAGCGUAGACCUUUGCCGGCAGAACUGAAAUCACUCAGACAUUUGCUCGGUUUAGAAGGUCUGCGUCGAGUUAGGCUUGGAGGAGAAUUGGCGGUCAAGGCGGAACGAUUUCUCAGGUUGAUUAGCAAUGCAGAGGAAAUCAAAGAGCUUCAUAUUGACGGCAGCGCUAUUCGCGACCGUCUGAGCAUGCACGCAUCUCUGGAGUGGGAUGAAUCUCUGGCAUUCGGGUUCCCGAGCCUCGACAAGCUCCGGUUAACGGAUACUGAACUUGACAUUAUUCCCCCAUCCUUGCAGUAUACUACGCCCAUCACACAGCUGAUCCUAGAAAACACCUACAUUGUCGAUGGCUAUCUAACCAACCUGUUGGCUGGGGCCACAACAUUGAAACGAUUGCACGUCAGCACGGGCGAUCCCGAUGUGUUUGAGGAGCAGGUGCGACUCGUGCUUGCCUCGUGCGCGGUGGAGUGCCUACAUUAUGAGGCGCAGAAGGAUAAUAAGACGGUGGUGCAGAUUAUGCCGAGCAACGGAGGCGCACUGCGAUGCCUCCACCUGCGGGGACUGUGUGUAGACCUGGGGGUGCUCGCGUCGGUCAACGAGGAGUGUGUGAACUUGGUAGAAUUGGGGGUAUGGGGACGAGGCGUGGGUAUUUCGGCGCAAGAAUGGACGGAAUUUCUGAAAAGCGGUGGGUUUGGGGGACUUGAACGUCUGGGACUGCCGUGGGGGAGCAAUGUGCCACCGUUUGCAACAUGGGGGCCGACAGAGAUAGAGAGGAUCCGAAGAGACCAAGUUGACCUUAAUUACAUCCAUCCGAUGCAGUCUAUUCUCUCCCGUCACAAUACUAACUCGUCCCAGCAUAUUCCCCGCAAAUCCUCCUCUUUUCUUUCUCUUCGUCGCGAGAAAGACAAAUCAUCACCCGCUGAUCCCUCUUUUGAUGUCGCUGGCCCCUCAAACUCCUCCCCCUCCAGCUAUUUCGAUGCAUAUCCCCGCCCAAAGCCAUCCACCAUCCCCCGCCUUGUAAAGUCUAGGACAAGCCGCCCGUCUCCCACCAGAGACAGUCCAACCAGCGACCCCUCCACCCCUGGCCCAACAUAUGCUUUCCCAUCCUUCGACCCCGCAGACGACUUUUCAACCCCCCGCCCCCCUCUGGGAACAAAUCAAUACUCAAGGACACGCUCCAGGACAGGCCCCUCGGGAAAGUCCAACUGGGAUUCGUCUUCUGCUGUGCCCCAGCUCCGCUUUUCAAAUUCUUCUUCAACUCAGCACACUGAGACCCCGCCUAGGACUCCCGAUGAUUACACCCCAUCAAUCGAUUCCUUUGACGUGUUUCCCUCCGUUGUUGCUGCUCCAAUUGCCGGCGUCGAGACCAUGGACGCUCUAGUCGAUGGUAUGAACGGCGGUGAUGCUUUGAGUUCUUCUAGGAGAACCAUGAUUAGUCGUCCACGGUUCGGCAUCCCCGGUCACCAUCCCCUUUACCAGCCGCCUUUGCCUACUCCACCCCCUGGAAUCGUUCUGGGAGGAGGUAAGGCAAGACCCAAAUUGACGCGGAAAUCUAGUUCCUCGGCUGAUUCCAGCGACGAUGAGGCUUUUUCUUCUAUGCCAACACCCGCUUCCCGUACACGCCGCCGCCGUGUUCGCCCCAGUUCCUCUAGGGCUUCUGUCAAUCAAAUUGCCACUCCGGCGGCUCUUUCCCGUACUCCAGACGACCAGCGUACUUUUCAGGCUAGCCCAAAUCCAACCCGUAGCCCUAGGCCAAAAACAACUGAAAGCGCCGAUGCCCGCAAGACUGUUGUGCCUUCUAUAUCAGAAAUCAUACGAAAUCAUGCUCCUCCCGAGGCUCAAGUCCGGUCGCGACCGGCAAUCGUUCGCUCAUCCUCUCUUUAUUCUCCAAGCUCUCAGGGACAUGCAACUGUACAUGAGGAGGUGGAAACAGAGCUGGGGAAUGCAACACGUGGAGAAGCAGAAGAAGAAGAAGAAUUUCUGUCACGUUCUUCCAUCGACAGCGUCGCAGAUGAAGUCCAGCGCACGAUCCGCCACCAAGGUCUUCCGAAACCACCACCCGUACCACCACCUAGCUCCGCAUCAGCAUACCUUAAACGACAGUCAACAAUAUCAGAUAACGCUAGUGUUCUUUCUCCGCGUUCCGACCCUGGUGUAGCGUCCAUAUAUUCUGUAUCAGCACCCUCUAGUUACUAUCCAACAUCUCCUCUGGAACAGGGUACUUUUAUAUCUAUGGCGAAAAACUCACCAUCACAAGCGGUAGCACAGUAUCUUCGCUCUGCGCGAUUAACAACUCUUUUGAAACUCACUCGUUCGCCACAUGCUUCUCAGGAUAAUCCUUUGACUGUAAGCUUGUCAGAUUUGGGGAGUCCUACAGGAUUCCCCGUUGUCGUUUUUCUUGGUUUGGGUUGUGUGCGACAUAUCAUGGGAUUGUACGACGAAAUGGCAAGCUGUAUGGGUCUCAGACUUAUAACCAUCGAUAGAUGGGGACUGGGUCGUACAGAACCUCGUUCUAAAUCCACCAAGGGCAUCAUGCAGUGGGCCUCCGUGGUUGAAGAAGUUUUAGAUUUGCUUCGUAUUGAUCAAUGCAGCAUAAUGGCCCAUUCAGCUGGCGCCCCCUAUGCUCUUUCCUUCGCGAACAAGCUGCCAUCACGCAUCGUUGGGGAUAUUUGCUUACUUGCACCAUGGGUUGGGGGCACAGAAAGCAGUGGUUACAAAUGGCUUAAAUAUGUGCCCAAUAGCAUCCUGAAGACCGCACAAGCCGCAGAAUGGAAAAUUCAAGCAUGGAUGAUAGGUAAACCCCCUACUAUUGCGUACGAAGGGAUAGGAUAUACCGCCCCAUCUACGUCAAAGCCGUCCACCAAAUCAUCGACUAGUACUGCUGUCAACCUUAACAACAGUGUGUCCUCUGAAGCUCGUCCACGACCUAGCAUGGGAUCCAACUUUAGUGAAUAUGAUGACUUGCGUGAUUUCGACGGUCGCUUUGAGAGUCGCAGUACUCUUGGCCUCAAACAGCGUCCCGUAUCUCAGUACGGUCGUCGUGCAUCGGAAGAAGGAUCGGUCCCCGUCACUAAGCGCAAAACGUCUCGGGGAAUAUUGGAUAGAUUCAAAGGUACAUCAAGCCCGCCACAGCCUAUGGAAAAGGCUCCAACAUCAGCAGGGAAAAAGUUGAAAGCCCUGAGGUCUAUGGGGUCGUUGAAGAGUAAAAGUCAAAACCAAACCCCUCGGUCUUCUGAGCCUUCAAGUCCCCAUCUUCCGCCAUCUCUUCUAAUUGAUGUUGGAUUAGGCCUCGAAGAUUUAUCCUGGGCUGCAAAUAUCGAAAAUGACAUCGACAAUGUUAAUUUACAUACUGCCAGGCCACCGGUGUACGGCAAUGGUAGUAUGGGUUCUCUACCUAGGAGCACAGGUAGUCGCUCGAUUUCUUUUACGUCUUCUUCCAAUGCCCCCACCUCGAUGCCUGGCUCCCCGGCUCCUAGCAGUCUUAACAUAUCAUUCGGUCAAACUCAAAGCAACUUAGGCAACCAUCAUGUGGCUAUUGGAAAUGCUCUUAUUGCUGCCUCACACGCAGAGUCAGCCAAGGGCACUCACAACGACCUUUUACAAAUUUUAAACCAUGAAAACCACUCCUGGGGAUUUUCCUACUCUUCGUACCCCCACCGUGUUAGAAUCUGGUAUGGUGAUAGAGACGAGAAGAUAGCCGAGAACGCAGUGCGGUGGAUGGAACGUACCAUGGGAACAGAUCAAUGUUCUGUCAAGGUUGUGAAAGGUGCAGAUCAUGGCCUCAUGUAUAGAAGCAGUGCUGUUGUAGACGUGCUCGAAUGGAUUCUGAGCGCCUGGCGACCCGACGAUAGAAUUGCUCAACCAUUCUCAGAUUUGAGAUAA